AUGACAACAACAACAGACCAUGCUACUGAUAUGGGAAGUGGUAAGCUAAGUGGCGGAGAUAACGUAUAUAGCUGGAGGGAUGCUCUACCGGCUCCGAUGGUUCCGAAAAGUGAAAUGAACGUAUGGAGUGUACUUAAAAAGUGCAUAGGAAAGGAUUUAACGCGAAUUUCUAUUCCAAUAGUUUUUAAUGAACCACUCAGUUUCCUGCAGCGUCUUGCCGAAUACAUGGAGUAUGCCGAAUUACUAGAAAAAGCAAAUAAAUGUAUAGUUGCCACUGAAAGAUUUGAGUAUGUUGCUGCAUUCAUUAUUUCAUCACUUUCUUGUAAUUAUAUGCGAUUGUCGAAGCCGUUCAAUCCUUUGUGGUUUGAAACCUAUGAAUUGGAUCGAAGUGAAGAAAGUGGUUAUCGCUUCAUUGCCGAACAAGUAAGUCAUCAUCCGCCCAAAUCUGCUUUUCAUGCUGAAUCUCAAAGCUAUGAAUUUGAUGGUGUUGUUUCACCACGAUUGAAAUUUUGGGGAACGUCUGUCGAAGUACAACCGUCAGGGAAUUUUCAGUUAAAAUUUCUGAAUCAUAAUGAAACUUAUACAUGGAAAGCAGUGAAUGUAACGAUUCAUAAUAUUAUGAUGGGACAAAUGUACAUACAAUUGGAAGGGAAUCUUCAUAUACAAUGUAAUACAGGACUCGAGUGUAAGCUGUCUUUUAAGAAUAACGAUAGUGGGCGUUCGAGGCAGAAUACGUUCUUUCAGGGAUUCAUAUCAAAGCAAGAAAAAGCUCUAAGAGCAAUUUACGGGAACUGGACAUCAUUUCUUUCCACUUGUGAAAUUGUUAAUUUUGAGUUUCGUUACAAUGAUUGGUUGGAGAUUGGCAAACAGUUCUUCCAAAACUGUUCUGCUCGGACAGAUAUACCCUUAAUUCAAGGAUCAAAAGUGAUAUGGAAGAGUCGUCCUCGACCCUCGAAUUCAUCUGUGAUGUAUAAUUUUACUUCGUUUACAUUUCUUUUAAAUGAUCCAUCUGACAUAACGGACUUGCUACCUCCAACCGACAGUCGACGAAGACCCGACAUACGUCUAUUGGAAGCAGGUCAAAUAGAAGCGGCUGAGAAAGAGAAAGAACGUCUAGAAGUUAAGCAAAGACAAGCUCGUGCUUUAAUGAAGAAAACAAAAGAAAAAUUGCCCAAAUGGUUUAAAAAUGUGCAUGCAAUUUCGAAACAUCAGCUGUUGUGGAUGUUUACUUACAAAUACUGGAAUCGUGAGUAUUGUGACUGCGAAGAUAUUUACUGA